UCCGAUCAACACAGUUCUUGGCGGUGUAUGUGCUUUUUGUAUGAAAUGCUGUGAUUUCCGUAUGAGUGACGUCAAAUGAUGUGUUGUGUGUUCUGGAGGAUCGUACGACGGACUCUUUGAUGUCAGAAAAAUGAUGAAAUGGAAACGUACAGGCGGAAUGGGAAUACAGCUAGCUGCAGCAGUGUUCUGGAUGCUGCCUUUGAUCACGUCUUCAACGGGAGAUAUAAGGCACCACGGAGCGUCGAGGGCAAGGGGUUGGCGUGCAGGGACCCAGCAAACUGUUGAAACGGCCGCCAAUAACUCGGUCAGCAACAUCACUGCACAACUAGGCGGAACCGCCUACCUCCACUGUUUAGUUGGGCAUCUCAGCGAGAGAGGGCAAGUCUCCUGGAUCAGGAAACGUGACUGGCACAUUUUGAGCUCCGGGAAAUUUACUUACACGAACGACGAGAGAUUUCAGGUCUUACACGGCGAAGGUUCUGAAGAUUGGACUCUGCAGAUUAAGUUUGUUCAAAAGAGAGACAAUGGUACUUACGAGUGUCAGGUGUCAACAAGAACUGGGAUAGUGUCGCAUUACGUACGUCUCCAGAUAGUGGUUCCGGAGGCCUUCAUUCUUGGCUCCGGAGAACACCACGUCGAUCUGGGCAGCGUCAUCCACCUCAUAUGUAUCGUGGAGAAGAGUCCAACACCCCCGCAAUACGUCUUCUGGUACCAUAAUGACAGGAUGAUAAACUAUGAUGCUACAAGGGGUGGGAUCACAGUGGAGACCGAGCCUGGUGCCCGUACCCAGUCCAGACUCACAGUCAGAGGCGCAACACUCAAAGAUUCCGGGAAUUACACAUGCAGCGCUAGUAACACUGAGCCUGCUUCUAUACACGUUUUCGUGUCGGAGGGAAGUAACAAAAUGGCGGCGAUACUUCGGCGCAACACGAGCGCGAUCCACGGGAUCACCACUAGCGCCACCUGUCUGCUCCUUCUGGGCACAGCGCUCAUGCACUAUGGUUUGCGAUGACGUCAAUAGACCAAACACUCAUUAGAUAUAGUUCUAAUAGGCUCAAUACAAACAAUGCUCGAGACAUCACUUGACAUAACAGUGUAUAACUGACAAUAGUAAAAUUGUUGUUGUUUACUUGCCACGUUUCAUAGUUGUUCAUUUGAAAUACCUCUAAGGUAUGUGUUGAACUUAAAAUUAUGAAUUUAUCUAUACUUUAUUGCUCUAUCGUUUGAAACAUUCCUACUCUCUUUGACUUUGACAAUUAAGAAAAUAAGUUUUUGUAAUUUACGAUAUAAAACUCUUGUGUAGCGGUGUUUGUUGCCAAAUUCCUGCGAAAUGGUUAAACCGAUUCUUAUGAAAUUUUGUGUGCAUAUCGCGUAGGUCUGAGAAUAGGUCAACAUUUAUUUUUCAAACCCUUAAAUAUUGAAGGUGGUCUACGCAACAAAAAAUAUUUCCUAGAAAUUAUAUAUAUGGCAAAACAAAGUUUGCCGGGUCAGCUAGUUUUAGAAUAUAUUAUUAACACAGGUACCCAGUUCUAUGAAGAUACACUCAUUAAAUUAUAUUAAAAACAUAAUUGGUCUAAUU